AUGGCAGCUGCAUUGACAUCUGUGGCCGGUGUAACGGCCUUGCUUGAUGAGCAUGAUAUAAAGCUGCAAGCUUAUGCGUUACAAAAACUCAACACACUUGUUGAUCGGUUCUGGACAGAGCUGGCCGAUUCACUCACACGUCUUGAAGAAUUGUAUGAAGACGAGACAUUUCCUGAGCGUCAUCUUGCGGCUCUAGUUGUAUCGAAGAUCUACUUUUACCUUGGCGAAUUUGACGACGCGCUCACGUUCGCCUUGGGUGCUGAAGCCCUCUUCGAUGUCAACCAACGCAGUGAAUACGUCGAGACUGUUGUAUCAAAGGCGAUUGAUCAGUAUGUGGUGCAAAGAAACACCCCUGAAUCGCCCCCACUCAGCCCCCGUUUCACGUCCAUUAUCGAUAAGAUGAUUGCUCGGUGCAUCGAGAGCGAAGAAUAUCACCAGGUGCUUGGUAUUGCACUCGAGUCGCGUCGGUUGGAUGUGAUUGAACAAGUGUUCAAAACAACGCAGGACAAGGCCUUGCUAUCAUAUGUCCUCGAAAUGGUGAUUCGUGUUCUGAAUGUGCCUGAAGUGCGACGCCAAGUGUUACAGUUGCUCGUUCAGUUGUUCCAAUCGCUAGACGAACCAGACUAUUUCUCGACGGCUCAGUGCUAUGUGUACUUGAAUGAGCCGCAGCCAGUAUCUGAAAUGUUGCGUUCGCUUGUGCGGUGCGCAGCCAAAGACGAGCAUGCCGCGCUCGUGGCGUAUCAGACAGCGUUUGAUUUGGUGGAAGGCGCGACGCAAGAAUUUUUGCAUCAUGUGCGUGCUGAUAUUGAAAAGGUCUCAGAAGAUGCUGUAUCAAAACAAGUUAUGUCAAUCCUUAGUGGAAAAGAAAGUAUUAACUUGUACCGAGACUUUUUACACAAUGAAAAUCAUGCUGAUUUGACCAUUCUGAAAACUACCAAGGAUGCUCUAGACGCUCAUUACAGUGCCCACCAUUCCGCUGUGAGUCUUUCAAAUGCUUUUAUGAACGCAGGCACAGGGAGUGACAAGUUUUUGCGUGAGAACCUGGAUUGGCUUGCCAAGGCGUCUAACUGGAGCAAGUUUACAGCGACUUCUGCGCUUGGUGUGUUACACCGAGGCACUAUUGACGAAGGCCUGAAUCUUUUGCGCCCAUAUUUGCCGCCUGAGAAUGGUUCGCCGUGCCAGCAGCGUGUAUUCGGAAGGUGGCAGUCUGUUUGCCUUGGGCCUCAUCCACACUAA